AUGUCUACGGUCGUCACGGUCGACGACGAGACAUACGUCAUCCGCUACGGAGGCUAUGACUCGAACACAUCGGGCAAAGAGCACUGUUGGAUCCACCUCUAUCGGCCGGAGGGGAUCAGGGUGGUGAUCUACGUCAAGGCGGAAGACGUCGAGGACACACCGUUUGCGGAGAAGUGGCUGCGGCUAUUCAAGACCGGCGUGCCCGGCACCACGGUCCAGGGCAACGACAUGUGGAUGCAGAGAUGGGUGAGCCUUUGUGAGAUGGUGAUUGAUGUCUGCAAGGACAAGGUGAGGGAUCUGGUCCAAGAGCUUGUUGACGACAAGGUUCAAGACGUCGGAGGGAGCAACCGAGGCUGGCUGACCUUAGAAGGGUACCUGAGGACCGUGGGAUGGAGCUUGGAGGUGGUGAGGAACGAAGACACCGGUGGGCGCGACACCGAGAACGACGGUGUCGUGGCUCAGAUCGUCCGGGGCCCGGAGUUGGUGCCGGCGUAUGAGCUAUGGCCGACCGACGUGCGUGACCUUCCCGAGCUGGAGGAGCUCUUGCCGGGUCUCGGGAGGCCGUGGAUCAAGCGGUCGAAAACUUCGUGGCCAGUGCCAGUUUACGCGGCGAAAGAUGUCCACGUCUUUGAUGCGUGGGCAGACUGGUGCGACCCUCCGCGGAAGGUGCGCUGUCCGGACGGAAAAGAGUACGUGUUUGUCAUGUGCGAGAACACCUCGCGCCGCCUCGGCGGCCACGGUCCCCCAUGGCAGAAUCCAAGCCGGGACACAAUCAACGCGCACGCUCGCAUCAGAGCGUAUCAAGAAUUGGCUCGAGAAACCGGUUCUACCGACCACAGCCACGACCUCCGCAUUCCAGGGCUCAGGGGCGUCGUGGUCACGAAUGUCAAGUACGACCAGGCCUGUCACCCGGAAAGAGAGAGUUUGCGACUCGGACACGCCCCUACCGACAAUGCCGAGAAAAAUGCCUACAGUGGUGACGACAAUGGCGGCGGCGGCGGCGACGAUGAUGAUCGUGAUGCAGGUGCAACCAUGCUGGCACGAACCCGAGUCGCCGGAAUCCUCCUCGACGCUCUCCCAGACCAGAUGAAGUUGACCGACUACUACUUCCGGAUGGAGAAGUUGGGCGGAAACCCCCAGGUGACGACGGAGCUGAGGAAGAAGUGGAACGACGACAUUUUGCGGACCGUAAAGUUCCUCCACGGCAUCGGCAUCACCAUCGGCGGCGAGACCUGGGGUCGCGGCAAGAACGAGAUGACGGCUUCCUACAUCAAUCAUUACACCCUCUUCUUCUCUCCGAUGAAAGGGGGAGCCAUCCACCACAGCACCAAGAUCUGGUUGACGCUCGAGUCCGGGUGCACCGUUCACGACGAGGACGACGAGGAUGGCUUGAUGAAGAAUGUGACCUUGGAUGAAGGUCAAAUCGCCGAUGUUUUCAGGUCCUGGGCUUGGACCAGUAGGAUGUAA